AUGCCUCGGAACCGGGCCUUCUCCGAACCAGAGUACUCGGCGGAGUACUCGGCGGACUGCUCCGUGACCCUGCCGUCCGACCCCGGGCAGGCGGUGGGACGGACACACGAGGUCACGGUCCGGAGCUCAGGAUGCUGCCUCUGUCUGCCGCGCUUUAUGCGCCUCACCUUCACCCCGGAGUCCCUGGAGAACCUGUACCAGACCUACUUCAGGCGGCAGAGACACGAGACCCUGCUCGUGCUCGUGGUGUUCGCUGCCCUCUUUGACAGCUACAUCAUCGUCAUGUGUGCGGUGGUCUACACCACUGACAAGCUGGCUUCUGUUCUUGUGGCAUCAGUGGGACUGGCAGCCGAUAUCAUCCUCUACCUGCUGUGCCGCUUCAGCGUGCUGCCAGACCGCAUCUCCAGACGGGUGGUGCCCUACGCCCUGUGGGUGCUCAUAGCGGCUCAGAUAUUCUGCUAUCUGGGUUUAAACUAUGCUCGCUUCCACCAGGCCAGCGACACGGUGGGCUGGCAGGCUUUCUUCAGCUUCUCCUUUUUCCUGACUCUGCCUCUGAGGCUGACGCCCAUCGUGCUCAUCACCUCUGUCUCCUGCGGGGUCCACACUCUGGUUCUGGGCGUCACCAUUGCCCAGCAGCAGCAGGAGAACAUCCAGGCGGCAGCACUGGGCAGACAGCUGCUGGCCAACAUUGUGAUCUAUGUUUGUGCCAUCACCGUGGGUGUCAUGUCGUACUACAUGGCUGACCGGAAGCAUCGGAAGGCCUUUCUGGAGGCAAGACAGUCACUGGAGGUCAAACUCAACUUGGAGGAGCAGAGCCAACAACAGGAACGCCUGUUGCUUUCCAUCCUCCCAAAGCACAUAGCUGACGAGAUGCUUCAGGACAUGAAGAAAGAGCCCAGUCAGAAAGAGAUGCAGCAGUUCAACACUAUGUACAUGUACAGACAUGAAAAUGUCAGUAUUCUGUUUGCAGACAUCGUGGGCUUCACCCAGCUGUCGUCGUCUUGCAGCGCUCAGGAGCUGGUCAAGCUGCUCAAUGAGCUCUUCGCACGCUUUGACAAACUGGCAGCGAAAUAUCACCAGCUGAGGAUCAAGAUCCUGGGAGACUGCUACUACUGUAUCUGUGGACUGCCAGACUACAGGGAGGACCACGCUGCCUGCUCCAUCAUGAUGGGCCUGGCCAUGGUGGAGGCCAUCUCGUAUGUCCGAGAGAAAACCCAGACAGAUGUUGACAUGCGGGUGGGCUUGCACAGUGGCACGGUCUUGGGAGGAGUGCUGGGUCAGAAACGCUGGCAGUACGACGUCUGGUCCACAGAUGUCACUGUGGCCAACAAAAUGGAGGCAGGAGGGAUACCGGGUCGUGUCCACAUCUCACAGAGCACCAUGGAGUGUCUUCACGGGGAGUUUGAUGUGGAGCCAGGGAACGGAGGGGACCGCUGCGACUACCUGAGGGAGAAGGGCAUCGAGACCUACUUGGUGGUUCUUCCUAAAGGAGCUGUGGGAAAGAGUGGCAUCAAUGGUGUCAAGCUGUCUGUUACCUCCUCCAAUGGAAACUCGCCGCUGUUAAUCAACACCACAGAGUGCAACGGCAAUGCUAACACGGCCUGCACCACCCCGGAGGAACCAGAAGAGCUGGACGCAAGGGUGGUGAAUCCGUCAUUCCCAAACCCACGGAGAAGGCUGCGGCUGCGGGACCUGGCUGAGAGGGUGAUUGAUGCUCAGGAGAAUGAACAGGAGCUCAACAAACUACUAAACGAAGCCCUGCUGGAGAGAGAGACAGUGCAGGCUUUGAAGGGGAAGCACACCAACCGGCUCUCCCUGAGGUUUGUGGAUCCAGAGCUGGAGACUCGAUACUCUGUGGAGAAGGAGAAACAGAGCGGAGCUGCCUUCUGCUGCUCCUGUGUGGUGCUGCUCUUCACUGCGGGCAUGGAGGCCCUCAUAGACCCCUGGCUCAUUGCAAACUACAUCACCUUUGCAGUGGGAGAGGUCCUGCUGCUCAUCCUGACAAUCUGCUCUUUGGCUGCCAUCUUCCCUAGAGUCUUUCCCAACAAGCUGGUGUCUUUUUCCACCUGGAUUGACCACACCCGCUGGGCUCGCAACACCUGGGCCAUGGCAGCCAUCUUUAUCCUGACCAUGGCAGACAUCGUGGACAUGCUGAGUUGUCUGCCUCAAGUCCCAGACUCAGGCGGCACCACAAUGGCUCCCUCCUCCUCCUCCCCUUCCUCCUCCUCCACUUGGUCUGGGCCUCAUGGAUGCCUGAAAAACCCCAAAUAUUACAGCUACAUUGCUGUGCUGGCACUGAUGGCUACCACCAUGCUGGUUCAGGUCAGUCACAUGGUCAAGCUCACACUGAUGCUGCUCAUCACUGUGUCCACUGGCAUCGUGAACAUCUACAGCUGGAGGGACAUCUUCGACCGCUACGACUCGGCCCGCUUCCAGGACUACAGGUCAGCCAGUAUCAUCUGUGUAAAGCACCACUCUUCACAACUCUGUGUAGUGGUACAAAAAGACAGCAACCUGCCUGGGUCAUACCUGGUGCCUUCCAAGUUCACAAUGACAACUAUGAUCUUCAUUAUGAUGGUCAGCUUCUAUUAUUUCUCCAGACAUGUGGAGAAGCUUGCCCGCACCCUGUUCCUGUGGAAGAUUGAGGUCCAUGAGCAGAAAGAGAAAGUAUAUGAGAUGAGGCGCUGGAAUGAAGCACUGGUGACUAACAUGCUGCCUGAACACGUGGCUCGACACUUCCUGGGCUCCAAGAAAAGGGACGAGGAGUUGUACAGCCAGUCCUACGACGAGAUUGGAGUCAUGUUUGCCUCAAUCCCCAACUUCUCUGACUUCUACACAGAGGAGAGCAUCAACAAUGGAGGGAUCGAAUGCUUACGCUUCCUCAACGAGAUCAUCUCAGAUUUUGACAGUCUGCUGGAUGAAACUCAAUUCCGCUGCAUUACCAAAAUCAAGACCAUCGGCAGCACCUACAUGGCAGCAUCAGGCGUCACCCCGGAUGUCAGCAAUGGCUACACUUGCAUUAAGAAGGAGGAGCAGUCUGACAGAGAGCGCUGGCAGCACCUGGCAGACCUGGCUGACUUCGCCCUGGCUAUGAAGGUCACACUCAUGAACAUCAACUACCAGUCAUUCAACAACUUCAUGCUACGCAUCGGUCUGAACAAGGGUGGAGUGCUAGCAGGAGUGAUUGGUGCCCGCAAACCCCAUUAUGAUAUCUGGGGCAACACUGUGAAUGUGGCCAGUCGCAUGGAGUCCACAGGGGUGAUGGGAAACAUCCAGGUGGUGGAGGACUGCUACAACAUCUUGAAGGAGUACGGCUUCCGCUUUGUGAGGAGGGGGCCCAUCUUUGUGAAGGGAAAAGGGGAGUUGCUCACUUAUUUUCUGAAGGGAAGAGACAAACAAGGCUCAUUUAUCAACGGCUCCUCUGUCACUCUGCCACACCAGGUGGUGGACAGCUAAGGACCACACUCACACACAGCACAUACUUGGCAGCCAUCCACCGUGUGGUUAAUGCAGAG